UAUACCAGGGCGUUUACAGCGGAAGAUAAGAGUGGUUGGACGUUUAUAAAAGGCGCGUGUGGGGUACCAUUCAUUCCGAAGGAAUGAAAUCUUCAAUUUCUGAACUUUGAAAAGACCUCUUCUGACAACUAACAUAUCCUGCAUCCUUCCGCGUUGAAGCUGUCAGAAACUGAUGUAGAUGAUCACUUCACUUGGAGCCGUUCGAUCAUCUAUAAACACGCGCUGAUCAGUUCUUGAUUUCAACACUAACGGUAUAUCAUGAAAAUGGAAUGUAAACUCUUGCCAUUUCUAGACCAGAAGCCAGAGACAUCCUCCCCAAAAUAACUCUUGUGCUUCAUGAGAGCACCGUUGGAUAACCAAUCAAAUCAAAACCAAACACAGACCAAAUAGAAAUUCAACUGAAAGAUGGCGGAUGCUUCAGUUUCCUUCUAGAAAGACAGCAAACCAAAGGAAUAAGAGGUUUUUAUUUUGCUUGCAUCUUUGCCCAAAUAAGCCAAAAUUAUUUCAGACAAUUGCAUUUUGAACUGUGAUAGUAGUUUAAACAUGUUAAAAACGGGACCAGCGAUGGAGGCAGUGGAUAUUGCAGUUGUUGCACUUUAUUUUGUCCUUGUGCUUGCCAUUGGUCUCCUCUCCAUGUGGAAGGCCAAUCGUAGCACUGUCAGCGGCUACUUCCUGGCAGGUCGGAAUAUGAAUUGGGUGGUGAUCGGUGCCUCACUGUUUGUCAGCAACAUCGGCAGCGAGCAUUUCAUUGGACUUGCUGGUUCUGGUGCAGCCAGUGGUUUUGCAGUGGGUGCCUGGGAGUUCAAUGCCCUCCUUCUUCUGCAGCUGCUCGGUUGGGUGUUCGUCCCAGUCUACAUCUACUCUGGAGUUUACACCAUGCCAGAGUACCUCUCCAAGCGCUAUGGAGGCAAGCGGCUAAAGGUUUACUUCGCAGCCCUCUCACUUCUACUGUACAUCUUUACUAAACUCUCAGUGGACUUGUAUGCAGGAGCUCUUUUCAUCCAGGAGUCUCUUGGCUGGAACCUCUACCUGUCGAUCAUCUUGCUUAUCUCCAUGACCGCCUUGCUGACAGUAACCGGUGGACUGGCAGCUGUGAUCUACACAGACACUCUGCAGGCCGUGCUCAUGAUUGGCGGUGCGUUAACCCUUACCAUCAUCAGCCUGGUCAAGGUAGGCGGUUUGGAAGGGGUGCGGGAAAAAUACAUGGAGGCGAUCCCCAACGUCACAGCCAUCCUGGCUAACAGCAACUUCAGCUUUCAGUACACAAACUCCUGCCGAAUUCAUCCCAAGCCAGAUUCCCUCAAGCUCCUACGAGGGCCGCUUGAUGAGGACAUCCCUUGGCCAGGCUUCCUUUUGGGUCAAACACCCUCAUCCAUUUGGUACUGGUGUGCUGACCAGGUCAUCGUCCAGAGAGUGUUAGCUGCCAAGAAUAUCGCCCAUGCUAAAGGCUCCACACUUAUGGCGGGAAUGCUUAAGGUCCUUCCUAUGUUCAUCAUCGUUAUUCCAGGAAUGAUCUCCCGAAUAUUGUUCCCUGAUGAGCUGGUAUGCAUCGGACCAGAGCACUGCAUGGCUGUGUGUGGCAGUCAGGCUGGCUGUUCCAACAUCGCCUACCCUCGGCUGGUCAUGAACGUGAUGCCGGUGGGUCUCAGAGGGUUGAUGAUGGCUGUGAUGAUCGCUGCCCUCAUGAGUGACCUGGAUUCGAUUUUUAACAGCGCUAGCACCAUCUUCACAUUAGACAUUUAUAAAAUGCUGCGUGUAUGUGCCUCCUCCUGUGAGCUGGUGGUCGUUGGCAGGUUGUUUGUGAUAUUCAUGGUGACUAUCAGCAUCGCUUGGGUGCCUGCCAUUAUUGAGAUGCAAGGUGGCCAGAUGUACUUGUACAUUCAGGAAAUGGCAGGAUACCUCACGCCUCCCAUUGCUGCCCUCUUUCUGCUUGGAGUCUUCUGGAAACGUUGCAAUGAGACCGGCGCAUUUUGGGGCAGCAUGACUGGGUUCGUACUAGGCACCACCCGCCUCUUCCUUGGGUUUAUAUAUCGUGAGCCAAAAUGUGACCAGCAGGAUGAACGCCCGGCUUUCAUCACACAUGUCCACUACAUGUACAUUGCCGCCGGGCUGUUUUGGAUCUCCGGGCUGGUGGCUGUGUGUGUCAGUCUGUGCACAUCACCCCUAGAAGAGGAGAAGAUCAAGCGUACCACAAUCUGGGGCUUGAAAGAACUUAAGCGCCUUCCUGUGACAGAACGAGAGGAGAUGUACAAACUCACUAAUGGCAGUGGCGACGGUGUUCUCAAGAAAGAUGUUCCUGAAGACAUCCAGAAGGAGAGAUGUCUUGAUGGGGCUGACAUGAAACUCCUUAUGCCCUCCUCUUGUGACCAAGAUCCCAUGACCCCCAGCACAGAGGCAUCCACACCGAUGGAGCUGUAUGCCAAUGGUCAUGCAGACCUUGUAAAACAGAAGAAUCAAGGCAAGUGUGAUGAAGAGAGCUGCCUUCAAGUGUCUGACUGGAUUUGUUGUCACAAAGAGAAAACGUCUGUUAUCGAACCCAAAGUCAUUGAAGUAGAUGAAGGAGCUGUACUUGAAAUGCUUUAUGAACCUCCUAAGAUCAAGAUCUUACUUAACGUAGGCCUGGUAUUCGUCUGUUCACUGGGUGUUUUCAUGUUUGUGUACUUCUCCUUGUAAUAUGCUGAUCUUGCAGUACCGUAAGGCCUGUGUGAAAGACAGCAUAUUUAUAUGAAUUAUUUGUUAAUACAAGCCAUUUAGGGUCUGUAAUAUUUACAGUGUGGUUUAUCUUUCUUUUUAUAACUUCCUUUUAGGGACUCUAAGCAUUUUGAAUCAUACUGAUAUAAGUUAUUUGUUCUUUGCCUUGGCUCUGUCACACCUCCUUGAAAAUGUUCAACUCUUCUUUGUGGUAUGUUGAUGAUCAAAUGUGUUGUUGAAACGGUAGCUUUUUUUAUAGUUGGUUGAGUUAAGCUAAUGAGAAUAUACUAUUUUUUUCCUUGGUGAAUUUUGCCUUAACGUGUACACUCCUCCAAACCGAAAGGAGGUCAGUUUUUUGCCUCAAGUAAUUUUUUUUCUCAACAGACCACUUAUAUACUAGUACUUAAAUGUGUAAGGACUUUGUCUUUUGUAUAUACAUUUGUAAUUGUAAGCACACUCUUAGGAAUACCAAAUUUCUAAAACUUGACCUCACUUGUAAAUUUGUCACCUGUGUAACUGGAAUAUUGUUUCCAAAGUUUUAAUGUUAAAUGGAAAAUAUGUAAAUUAUACAUUUUAAGUUAGAAAAGGUGAGAAAUGUAUCAUGAUGUCAAAGUUUAUAAAAACUUUUGCAAAAAAAAAAAAAACCAUAUCACUAAGGUGUUGUGCCGUCUGAUUAAACCUGGCACCUUGAUGUACAUUCCCAAAUACAAGUGUUUAGGUCCAUUCAUGUAAAUUGUAACUGUAACUCUGUAUGCAAUUUGCUUUCAUUUCUUUGUAUUUAUAGCUGAUUUAAUUGGACAAAAACAAAACACCAAAAUGCCUUUUGUGUAGAGCAUAAGCUGUAAAGACACUGCUUUGUCUUCAUUUUGGGAAUUUAACAGUUAACGUGAAAAGACUUCCACUACAAAACAACGCAACUAUAAAACACAGACUGGUUAUGUGGAUGUUACUAAAUGACCAUCAGAACCGCCACAGGAAAGACUUGCUAGCUAGAGAACACAAUCAUUAAUGUGUUAAUAACUGAUAUCAUAACUGAUAUUUUGAUAUCCCAAAACGGGUUAUUAAGACUGGGAUGUCCAAUUUUGAUUGCUGCGCAAAAUAGUAUCUUGUUCUUCUAGAAGAAGAAGAAUUUGAUUGUGGCUGCAGUAACAGGCAUUGCCUGUUGUUGAUCUGCUGUUGAAUGCACUAUUUGUUCAGACAAAGGGGAACUGCUGGAUGGCCUUACUGAAUAUGAGAUGUGCGUGAGGGAUUUUCUAGAUAGAUGUAACUUCUUUUUUUAAGUACAAGUUCACAAUGUUGUAUUAAAACCUUGAAAAGCCCUUAAUUGUAAUGAAAUUUGAAUUCAGAAGUUAUGUCAAAAGAGUUAUAUGGAGAGGUGCAACAUUUUUUUUUUUAUCAUUCCAAAUAAAAUUAGAUAGGGAUAAAGUCAUUGGAGGGCUAUUGUUUUACAUUGUAAAUUAAAUCUAUGUAAAUCACUGUGUAUUUAAAU